GGGCUCGUGCCCGGGAGUCCAUGUGGGCGCCGGCGCGGCGCGGAGCAGCGCCGUGUCGCCAUGGCGGAGCUGCAGCAGCUCCGGGUGCAGGAGGCGGUGGACUCUAUGGUGAAGAGUCUGGAGAGAGAGAACAUCCGGAAGAUGCAGGGCCUCAUGUUCCGGUGCAGCGCCGGCUGUUGUGAGGACAGCCAGGCGUCCAUGCAGCAAGUGCACCAGUGCAUUGAGCGCUGCCAUGCACCUCUGGCUCAAGCCCAGGCCCUGGUGACCAGCGAGUUGGAGAAGUUCCAGGACCGCCUGGCCCGGUGCACUAUGCAUUGCAACGACAAAGCCAAAGAUUCAAUUGAUGCAGGGAGUAAAGAGCUUCAGGUGAAGCGGCAGCUGGAGCGUUGCGUAACCACGUGUGUGGAUGACCACAUGAACCUCAUCCCAACCAUGAUCAAGAAGAUGAAAGAGUCUCUGUCAUCCAUUGGGAAAUAGAUGUCUGCUAUUGGCCAUCGGGGCUGAAGGCAGGAGUCUAUUUAAAAAGAGAAAUGGGGAUUUGGGUUUUCUAAGGAAAGUUUAUGAAUGAGGAAAUUAAGGAUGACAGCAAGUUUAAGGCCUACAUCACUUGCCUCUGGACACUGGUUCCUUUGUGUUUGAAACCUAGAAAGUGAAAAAACCUGGUGCUAAAAUUGGGGUCAGAGAUAGCACAGGAGAGUUUCUGUGAGCCUGAAUUUCAUGUGGCAAGUGCUUAUCCUGGCAACAGGGAGUCUCCCUUGUACCAAACCAGAGCCCUCCAAGGUACCAGAUUCUCUUAGUACACAGAUACCAACAGGCUGGCAGGUUCAUCUGACCUGCUUAUGAGCUGGUGGAGUGUGAGGAGAGGUGUUUCUGUUUGUUGUCAACCUCCUGUUUACCAGAAGGAUCACUACAACAUUUCCCACAAACUGGAAAUAAAACAAAAUCCAUGAGGUCACUAAUUUAGAAGGGGAAA